CAGUGCAAUGACAAGCUGCAAACAGACGUGACACCACCGCACCCCAACGAGCUUCCCACCCACCAAGCAGCCGUCGUCGACUGGGAUGCGUAAUUUGGAGUUUGCGCUAAUCCUCCUGUUUUCUUCUCCGCCGUCAUGUGCAGGAAUAUCUCAGCCCGCGAUGGGAUUACGGAAGAAAGAUAACCUCGUUUUGUUCCUAUUGGAUGCUUUUUGGUGAGAUGGAUAAGAAGAAAAAAAGGGUCGAUGGCGUUGUUUUGUUGAUGGAUGCUUCUGAGUGCGUGUGUUUGACUGUUGAAUGAAGAGGGUUGCUUUUGUUGUCUGAAGAGUGGAUGCGGGGGGGUGCACAGUACGCCGCCCCGGCUGCACACAUGGCGAACAGCAGCGCUUUAGAGAGCAGCCCGUCCUUCCACAACCAUGCGUCCACGGCCUCUGCGGUCAAGCUGGCCUCCUUGGGUCUGCUCAUGGGUGUCAGCCUCCUGGGCAACGCGUCGCUGUCGGCGCUGCUCCUAAAGGACAGCUCGCUGCACAAACCUCCCUACUUUUUCCUCCUGGAUCUGUGCCUGGCCGACGUGCUCCGCUCCGCCGUCUGUUUCCCCUUCGUGAUGGCUUCCAUCGGCAGCGGCUCGGCUUGGCCGUACAGCUCGCUCUGCUGCAAGCUCGUCGCCUUCACGUCGGCGCUGUUCACCUUCCACGUCGCCUUCCUGCUCUUCUGCGUCAGCAUCACUCGCUACAUGGCCAUCGCCCACCACAGGUUCUACUCCAAGCGGAUGAACGUGUGUACGUGCGUGGCGGUCAUCUGCAUGGUGUGGACGUUGUCCGCGGCCAUGGCUUUCCCUCCGGUGUUCGACGUGGGCACGUACCGCUUCAUACCGGAGGAGGAGCAGUGCACCUUCGAGCACCGAUACGUGAAGGCAAACGACACGCUGGGCUUCAUGUUGAUGCUGGUCGUCACCGUGGGGACCACCCACGCCGUUUACUGUAAGAUGCUGUGCUUCGUUUACAAUCACCGCAAAAUGAAACCCACCCAGCUGGUCCCGGCCAUCAGCCAGAACUGGACCUUCCACGGGCCCGGAGCUACCGGGCAGGCCGCCGCCAACUGGAUCGCAGGCUUCGGCAGAGGACCCACGCCGCCGACUCUGGUGGGCGUCAGGCAAGCGGCUCACGCCGGAAACAGGCGGCUUCUGGUCCUGGAUGAGUUUAAGAUGGAGAAACGGAUCGGGAAGAUGUACUACAUGAUCACACUGACCUUUGGCGUCCUUUGGGCGCCUUACAUCAGCACCUGCUACAUGAGGGUGUUCAUGCAUGGGGCCCCCGUCCCACAGCUCUACUUGUCAGCAGCUGUGUGGAUGACGUUUGCUCAGGCUGGCGCAAACCCCAUCGUCAGCUUCCUGUUCAACAAGGAGCUCCGGAUGCGCCUCAGAGGCUGCCUGCCUUGCUGCCUGGGCACCCGGACCCCCAUGGAGCCAUUCUGCGUCAUCUGAACCGUGCAUAAGGUCCAAACAAGUUGUCAUCAUUGUGGCAGAAUGCAUGAAGCUAUGACUUAACUCACUAUUUGAAUUUGGCAAAAUGUUUACUUUCUCAAAAAGAUACACCUGCAUGUAAAGUGACUAUUUUUACUACAGUAGAUCCCUGCUGGUCACGAAAUACUGUAAAUAAUGGACGCACCCACAAAAAGCCAUAAAAAUGCCUAUUUUAGAUACUCAAAACCCUAAAAAAUACCUCUCGCUCUUAUGAAAUGCAUUUUAAAUGAUAAAAAGUGCAGGUCGUCGCCACUCUAAGUAAAGACAGUGUCAGAUAUUGCAGAGACGGAUAUACAGUCAUCCUUGGCAACAUCACAGUUUUUCAGAAAUGAAUGAAUCUGUUUGGCGGUAGGCUGCGGUCCAUUCCUGGUCAAACACACUGAAAUACAAGUGAUAUGUAGCAUUCUGGUUACUAGGCGGCAGUAAUGACACUACAUUGAGACAUUAGCUUACAUUGAAGCCAGGAAGUCAGCCGUGGCAUGUUUGACAUGAUAGAGUGACAAAAAGUUCUCCUCCCAUUCCAUGUGGAAGUGGUACGUUUUUGCCGUCUUGUUUAGAAGAAACAAAUUCAAGGCUAGCUGGUUGUCUCCAGUCCCUGCAGCAUAAGCGUUGCCAAUGUGUUGUAAACAAUGACUAACAGGAGUGUAAAGGUGGCUAUGGGGGUGCUAUUUCAUGCCUUCAGGGCUCAAAUAAUGUUAAAAAACGGAUUUAGAAAGUCGCAAAGAGGGUUUCUAUGCGCUAACUAUGAAAAUAUUCCAUUUAAUAACAUAGAAUCCUACUUAUUGCCAAAGUGUGAAAACAAUAUAUACAUAAAUGCACAUAACAAUACCAGCAAAACAACAACAACAAAGCCAAUCAGCAGGAGGUACAGGUAAAAAUGAAACCUCACAGUAAUAUUGUCAUCUUCAAAUAAAACAUCAUCAAGUCAAUUUAAUAACCAAACCCCCCUACCACCAUCUCCUUCCUGUGUUUGUACAGAUAUCUGCUGCCGAUGUUUUGUUGCCACCUGCUGGUAACACUUUUGUUAGCGCUUGUCAUUCCAAACGUGCUGUAUGCUGUGUUAUUAUGCUAAUGUGCUUUGCUUUAUGAUAAAUAUUGUUACAAAUAAGCACCGACAGAUCUGUGAAAACAAACAUGUCCUCUUUUGGAGCUGCGUGGGUGUUCCCAGUCCGCAGUAGGCUGGGAUCUACUGUAUUGUUGUCCUUUCAGCCCAAACAAAUGAAUGAAUGUCACAUUUGGACGUAGCAUCGAGGCCGCUUGCUUCCUUCACAUUUAAGGACAUUUUUUCCCAGCUGAGCUGACUGAGCAUUUCUGGAUCUAAGACGCCAAAUAUUUGGAUUUUCCCAAAUAAGCUUUGCUCAGACGCGACCAAAUUUUUGUCAAGGACGUCAACAUUUGUAUAUAAUGUGUAACCUUUUGUUAAACUUUGGCUUUGGGAAAUAUCAUGUUUUACAAAACUGUCUGUUGUAUCAUUGCCUUUAACCCACAAGAACCUAUGCUGUCACUCAUUCAGGCCCUGACUUUAAAGCCAUUUAACAAUUCUAAUGCUUUAAUAGGGUGUCAAAUAUACACUUCAUCUCUUUCUACAUUAUUUAUUGAAUGAACUGACACAAAAUAAGCUAGGAAAAUGUGGCUAGCUUUAAAAUAGCUACAGAAAGCCUGACGUGGUGUGCAUACCCCACCCUUUUCCUUUAAGCAGAAAUAAGUGUGGGUUCCGAUGGGUUAAAUGCGUUUUGCACAUUUGAUUUGUGAGUGGAUGGAAGCUGGUGACAUUCCCAAGUCUUUCUUUUGAUAUGAAUAAGGACACUCAGACAACCUGGUGCUAUUUCAGAGAAGAAUGGUUGAACUGUUUGUAUUUCUUUGCAAAUAAAUAAGAAACUGAUUAUACAGUCAACGGUUUGGGCUCUGGUUCCACAUCAAGUAGCGUGCUACUUAUUUUUGGGGGAGUUUUGCCCAUCAUUCGCAAUCCUUAUGUGAAACAUGAACACAUAUUUCUUUCCCUUCUCUGUGCGUUCUACUUGAAGACUUGUGCUCCAGUCCCCAGGUAAGAAAUGCUGACAGCAAACCAGCAUCUUGUUGAGUCUUCGUAGCGAAAUUGAGAACUAGUAGUAUCCACUCUUCCGUCUCUCCC